CUGUUUUAAGACCGUUAUCGUCAUUUCACGCUUCAGCUUUAUGUUUUACACCUUGGAAUUUUCACUCUUUUCGUUCCCAAACAGUUUCUGCACACUAUACUUCACUCAGAGAAGCAGGAGUGACCAUAGAGAAGAAGAAGAAGAAGAAGAAGAAAAAAUGGCGCAUUCUCGACAACCGAACAAAGCUGCCGUCACGCUCUCCAACAAGAGCAACAACAAUGGGACCUUCUCCUCCAGUAAGACCCUAUACGACGACGUUUACGGUGGUCCUCCGAAGUUCGGCGUUUCAACCCUCUCCCCUCGUUUCGAAGACUACCGUGAGAUUUUCGGAAGCUUCCACACCGCACGUGCCUCCUCCAUUCCGCUGCUUGAUCUUCCCGCCGUCCAUGACGCCGAGGCCUUCUUCGAUCCCCGAAGCCACUCUUUCAACUACACCGAAGUUUUCGGUGCGUUGGAUUUUGAGCUUCCGUCCGACAACUUGUUUCACCGCCACACUGCUCUCGACGCUGCCUCCUCCGAAGAAUCCUGGAGUCCUGAAGAAACUGAUUCGUUUUCUGAAGAGUUAGAUCAAUCUGCAAUUAAUCAAAGCAUUUUGAAUGGAAGUAUUUUCCACUCUGUUGAUGGUAAUGUGGGGUCGAACAUUUUGUAUCAUAAUAAGGUCGAUGGUACAAGCAAUGAACAUAUGUCAAAGGGGAAAAAUCACUUGAGUCAGCUGCAUGCUGCUCCUGGUUUCGGAAGAGUGUACGAUGAAACUACGCAAUUGCAUCAAACCAAUUCCUCCUAUCAAGUUGCUGAUGAUAUUGAUCUUGAUAUGGAAUUUAGUGCAGAGAAUGUGAAGGGAAACCACCCAAGGGCAACAACAGUGGCACAUCUGGGCAAUUUUACCUUUGGGGAGCAGACUUUUGACAGCGAUCUAAAUCUUCAAAAUGGAGGAAGCAAAAAGGAUUCUCAUUCCGGUGAGAUGUUCAUAACUGUGUCUGACAUAAACCUCAGAAGUAUGCCCUCUCAAGUGCCUCCCCCAUCUCGUCCACCUCCUGUAGUGGAUGCAAAAAAGGACAUGUGUGGACUUCAUUCAAACAGCAGGGUGGUUGCUUCCGAAGAGACAUCCGGUGCUGUUUCACCACCUUUCUUUGAUGCGGAGGAUCAUAUGAAUUCGUCCGUUACAGCUUCUGCUGAUGCUAUGAAUGAAGCAAUGCUUAUAGCAGAAGAAAAACUUAGGAGUACCAAAGAAUUAAAAGGGAGAAAGAAAUGGAAUCGUGAAACCUAUUUGAAAUCAAAUUAUGAUGCAAAAGUUAAUGAAGCAAAGAUGUGUAAGGAUAUCACUAGAUUAAGUAGCUUGAAUGAUGAGACAGCGCUGGGAAGUUAUGACUGGAGACAUUCAAAGGCAAAAUUAUAUGCCACAGAUGACAGGCAGGAACUUAAGAAAGCUUCCCCAGAAACUACGGACAAUUUAGAAGGGAAAAGAGCUGUAAACAUGUUCGAGGAAAAGAACAAGAUGGAAUCCCGGUCAUCUCUAGAAUCCGAUAGAAGCACAGAAGUUGGAACAUGGAAAGAUGAAUCUGAAUUUUUUGAAUUGGUGGGAAUGAAAGAAUCUGAAAUGGUAACUCAAACUGCAAAGCAGAGUAAGAAUUUGAUGCAAGGUAUUGGAGCCCAAAAACAUGGUCAGAAGGAAAGAGAGGCAUCUAAUGUGCAAGAAAAGCAUAAACAAGUAAAAGCAACUGAAGAAAAUUUCCAGGUGGAGGAGUACGAGAAAAAGUAUAAAGCAACAAAAGAGGCUCGUGAACAUGAUGAAAACAUUAUGAAACCUGAAGCAUCUAAUGGGAAACAGAGGCAAAGAGAGCACAUAGAAAGGGAAAAAAUGGCCAAAGUAUUUGAGGAGGAAGAAAAUGAGAAGAGUAUAAAAAUAGCCCACCAGCAUGGAAAAAGUGAAAAGAAAGUAACUGAAGCUGACCAAUCCGCAAUCAUGGAAGACGUGUGUGAGAUGGGAAACAGAGAGCAUAAACAAGCAGAAAUCCAGAAAUCCAUAGAAGUGGAUAGACAAACAGCAAAUGACAUUCAGCAGGCCACGGGGCUUAGGGAAAAUCAGAAGAAACUAAGGGAGGUUGAAAAGCAACAACAGAACGUGAAUAGGCACAAGCAUUCUGAGAAAAUGGAGGAAAAUAGAAAAACACAAAGCGAAGCUUUUGCUAUAGGACAAACUGACCAGGAGGAAAAACUGAAAGGUUCUGGGAAGCUGGAAGAUAUUGUUGAAAGAUCAAAUGCGGCUGUGGAAUCUGAUUACACUGAGGAAACAGAGGUCUGCAAAAGUGAAAAUCAAAUGAAAUUGAAACUAGGUAAACGGAUUCAGAUGAACAAGGGACUGAAAGAAGCUCGUGAAAGAGUAGAAAUUGAGAAAAGCCUCAAAAGUUCUUUUGAAAAUGAAGAAAGUGAUGGAGGCGUAUUACCUGCCUUCAGGUGGGAUGAGAACGGAAAGAAGCUUAAGGAAGACAUUGAACUGGAAGUAAAAGAGAUAAGACUGAAAGAGGCUUCUGAGCAGAGGGAAAAUAAGGCAUAUGAAAAAGAUCAAAGUACAAAGAAAUUUGAAGAUUUUUAUGAUGGGGAUGGAGAAGGAAAUAUACCUCCAAAAUCAGGAGACGGUAAAGGGAUUCAGAAAGUUAUGAAUCAAACUCCAGUGCAAGAACAGAUUAAUAGGAUGCUGAGUGAGGAUCAAAAGAAAAAAGUCACUGAGAGCACAUCAAGCCAAACAUUUGCCUCGGAAGGGAAUGUAGCUGUAUCAAACGAGAAUAGACACCUGGAGCAAUCUGAGAAUAUGAACAAAGAUGGUGAAAUGGAGAAAUGUAAGGGACUGAACAAGGAUUUGGAUGACAAGGAAAGGAAAGACGGGGGAAAGAUGAAGAAUGCUGAAGUAACUGAUGAGACAUGGGAAAUUGAGAGUGGCGAAGAUCUAUCUACUCAAUCAGCCUCCAUGCAUGAAGCAUUUAUUAGGAAACCGAAGGUAUCUAAAGAUUAUGUUGCAAAGAUGAGAACUGAAUGCAAAGUUGGAGAAAAGCAAUUGAAAGGGGUAGGGAUGGAAAAUCAACUGGAUAAUGAAAAGUUCAGUGCGCCUGAACAAAUGACUGCAGGAGAUGCAGAGCAUUCAAAAACCCAGUCAGAGAAGGAGGAAGACACAGUGACAAAGGUUGAUUGCAGAAGGAGCACAGAAGCAGCUGAACCUAUUGUUCAGGAGACUGUAAAUGCUCAGAAAACUGCCCAGUUGUUUCAUAUUGGUCAAUCCACAGAAAGCAAAACUAAGAGUAUUAAUGAAAAAUCUGCAAUAAUUAAAGAUACUGAAAGGAUGAAAAGAGAAAGAGAGUCGGAAAAGGAUCAUCUUAGAAAGAUGGAAGAGGAGGCUGAGAGAGAAAGGGAAAGGGAAAAGGAUAGGAUGGCUGUUGGGUACAAAGCAUUGGCUGAGGCCAGGGAAAGACUUGAGAAGGCAUGUGCUGAGGCCAGGGACAAGUCAUACAUUGAUAAAGAAACUACAGAGGCAAGAUUGAAAGCAGAACGUGCUGCUGUAGAAAGAGCAACUGCAGAGGCUCAAGACCGAGCCCUGGAAAAGUUAAAGAGUGAAAGGACUGCGUUUGAGUCCAGAGAACGGUUAGAGAGAUCUGUAUCUGACAACUUUUGUGGAAGACAAGACUCUUCGUCCUCAGAUAUGCUGGAUCCACAGUUUCAGAACUCUAGCUCCUCAACGGUUUCCAGACAUCCAUAUUCUCUUUAUGGUGCUGCCUCUUUUUCUGAGAGAUCAGAAAGAGAAGGUGAAUCACCUCAGAGGUGUAGAGCUAGACUGGAGAGGCAUCGCCGAACAGCUGAGCGUGCAGCAAAAGCUUUGGCAGAAAAGAACAUGCGUGACCUUCUAGCUCAGAAGGAGCAAGCUGAGAGAAAUAGACUAUCAGAGACUCUGGAUGCUGAAGUAAGGAGGUGGUCAGGUGGAAAAGAAGGAAACUUGCGGGCCUUACUUUCUACAUUGCAAUAUAUCCUUUGGCCUGAUUCUGGGUGGCAGUCAAUCCCAUUGACGGAGGUCAUUACUUCUGCUGCUGUGAAGAAAGCUUACAGGAAGGCCACCCUGUGUGUUCAUCCUGACAAAUUACAGCAACGUGGAGCUAGUAUUCAACAGAAAUACAUAUGCGAAAAAGUUUUUGAUCUUUUGAAGGAAGCUUGGAAUAAAUUCAACUCAGAGGAGCGGUAACAUACCUGUCAGUCCAGGUCUGGUUUUUCUCUCUCCCUUUCUCUUGCAAUUGUGUAUAGAAGUCUCACCUUUGCCGGAAGGCACGCAGUCCAAGCUUCCAAAGCCUUUUAUAAUUAUUUUGUCAAAGUAUAUGUUCUGUUGUAAUAGUCUCAUCAAAAGUAAAUAGAUACAUAAAUUAUAAAGCUGUAGAAGCUAAAUUGGGAAUUUGUAUGAGCAAAAUUUUUGUUAUAAUAACUUAUUAAUAAAUUUCAAGAAAAAAAGUACCAAGUAAGAAAGUGGAAAAAAUGGAUUGGAGGUUAUCGAAGCCUAUAUUUAACAAGAUUGCCUACUUACCCUAGUUUAGUGGUGCAACAU